AGGCCCCGCCCCCUGUGGGCGGGACCUAACGGGGAAGAGAGGUUCGUGUUUACUUGCUGUCUUCGCCUUUCAUCCUGUCUGCUACGAGCUGUCCCUCCAGACGGGACAUCGAGACAUUGACCCUACCGCGCUAUUGACCAGGAUGUCCCGGGAGCAGCAGGCAGUGGCUCGUGCCAGGAAAGCCUUUGACACCGGCAGGUCCAAAAGCUUAGAGUACCGUGUUCGCCAACUGAAGAACCUGCAGCGGUUAUUCACCGAGAAACAGAAGGUGAUUUCAGAUGCCAUCAAGAAAGACCUCAAUAAGAGCGAGGUGGGCACCCAGCUGUACGAGACUCUGGGUCUGGAGGGGGAGAUCAGCCUGGCCAUCAAGAAGCUGAAGGAGUGGGCCGCCCCUCGGCCCGUGGGGAAGAACCUGAUGACCAUCUCGGACAGCGUGUACAUCAAGCCGGAGCCGCUCGGCGUGGUGCUCAUUAUCGGGGCCUGGAACUACCCCUGGGCCGUCACCAUCCAGCCGCUCAUAGGAGCCAUCGCAGCUGGUAAUGCGGCCGUGGUCAAGCCGUCCGAAGUCUGUGUUCACACUGCAAAGGUCAUGGAGGACCUGCUGCCGCUUUACAUCGACAAAGAGCUUUACCCCGUAGUAACCGGCGGCGUGCCGGAGACCCAGGAGCUGCUGCGUCAGAGGUUCGAUCACAUCUUCUACACGGGCAACAGCACGGUGGGCAAACUGAUCAUGGAGGCCGCAGCCAAAAACCUGACGCCCGUCACCCUGGAGCUGGGCGGCAAGAGCCCCUGCUACAUCGACAAGGCCUGUGACAUCGCCAUAGCCUGCCGGCGCGUUGCCUGGGGAAAGUACACCAACUGUGGUCAGACCUGCAUCGCCCCAGACUACGUCCUGUGUGAGCCCAGCAUCCAGGACCGGGUCAUAGAAGAGGUCAAGAAGUCCAUAAAGGAGUUCUAUACCGACAACCCAAAGAACUGUCCUGACUACGGACGCAUCAUCAACCAGCGCCACUUCAAGAGGAUAAUGAACAUGUUGGAAGACAGCACCGUCGCCGCAGGAGGAGACAACGACGAGUCCGACUGCUACAUCGCUCCCACGGUUCUGCGGGACGUGAAGCCAGAGGCGAAGGUGAUGCAGGAGGAGAUAUUUGGACCUCUGCUUCCCAUCAUGCCGGUCAAUGGCCUGGACGAAGCCAUCAAGUUCAUCAAUAAAGGAGAGAAACCUCUGGCCCUCUAUGUCUUCUCAUCAGAUGACAAGGUGAUCAACAGGAUGACAGACGAGACCUCCAGCGGAGGACUGCUGGCCAACGACUGCCUCGUGCACUUUUCUGUCAACUCGCUGCCGUUUGGAGGAGUAGGAAACAGUGGUAUGGGCUGCUACCACGGCAAGUUCAGCUUCGACCAGCUGAGCCACCUGCGCGGCUGCCUCAUCAAGCAGCUGAAAAUGGAGGGCGUGAACAGCAUGCGCUACCCGCCUCACACGGCCAAGAAGCUGGGCUGGGCGCGCUUUUUCAUCCUGAACAACGUGGACGCGGGCUGGAUCGGGCGGAUGGCCCUCGUCGCCGUGCUGGUUGUGGUGGCUGCCGUUGUGCUGCAGAAUUAUCUGGGUUGAAGACGUCUCGCUGCUUCAAAGACAACAUGUGAUCUGUCUGAAGAAAACAACGUCUGUAGGAAUCAGAUCAGCAUCUGCUCAGGAACGCCUUAAUUAGGGAAAUGUUGCUAUGAUGCCUUAAUUAUUAAUUAAUUAAUUAAUUAAUUAAUCAUUAUUAAUUAUAUUUAUUUUUCAAUAACCGUCAGAAGUUUCAAUGGAGCCAAUAUCUUAUUUUCAUGAAGGUAAUUAUUUAUGUAUGGCUCUUAAAUUUGUGUUCAGAAUCGAUAUGUUCCGUUUAAUCACGUUUACAUAUUUUAAAAACACUUUAAAUUCACUUUAAAACAUUCUGCUGUGAUUUUGCUAUUGGUUAUUUUAAAAAAUUGCAAAAUGAGUUCAUAUCACAGUAAGAAAAUACUCUGUGAACUGUGAUACGAACAGAUUUUGCAGGAUUUAAUAACAAUCAAUGAAUGUUCAAUGUAACAAAUGAAGUUAGUUGCAUUUUUUGAGAAUUAAUCAGUUUUUAUUGUUUAUCUACUGUUCACUUUGUGUCUAUUCCAUUUCAAUGAUGGUUCAGCUAAUAACUGAACAUAAAACAUUACAUUUCUGUCACGCCUAUAACAAAUGAAGUAACCUUGUAACAUGUAGUGGUCUUAAAGGAACACCGUUGAAAGAUUUUUAGUUAUUACUACACAUGUAUUUAUAUAUUGGAUUAAUAUUCGAUAAAAAUAUUUCUACAUGUAUCAGUUA